AUGGACUCUGAUAGCGAGGAUGACGUUCCCCUCUCUCAUCACCGCAAACGAGCCUCGACAAGUAAAACCGAAGCUACAGCAGCUCGAAAACGACUCAAAGCCCCAAAGCUCAAGAACGAUGACUCCGAAAAUGAUGCUGAAAUGAUGUAUGAUACUCCACCAGCGUCGAAAACGGCAUCUCCCUCAGCUGUUUCUCAAUUGACUCGUAGAUCUUCGACUCGCAGGGCCUCAACCACACGAUCUGCAUCUGCCACCCCCUCGGCAUCAUCGUCCACGUCAAAAAAGCCCCCAGCUUCGAAAAGCUCAAAGUUAGGCAAGCCUGCUUCUUCACCCGACAAGGCCAUCCUUAUAAGUGAAGACGAAGAAGAACAGCAGUAUUCGUCGGAUGGUUCCGCUAGUGAGUUUGAAAUGGAGGACAAGGAAUCUGAACCUGAAGAAGAGGAUGAUGACGAUGAGGAUGAUUUCCAGGCUCCAAAAACGACGAAUGCUGGAGUCAAUCGAUCGAUGUCUGGAUCUAAAAGAAAUUAUAGUAGCAAGAACGCUGGAUUUGUUGUUGAUGAUGAUGCUGACGUGGAAGAAGAAGAUGACAAUGACGUGGACGAAGACGAUGACGAUGACGUGGAAAUAGUAGUCUCGAACCCUAAAUCUAAAUCAACGAGACCAGUACCUGCUAAAGAUGUUAAAGGAAAGCAGCCAGCUGUAGAUGUUAAAGGAAAGAAGCCCGCACUACCUCGCAAGCGUCGUAUUGUUCGUGAAUCUAGUGAUGAUGAAUCACUGUCCGAACACAGUGAUAGUGGUGAUGAUGAAGUAGUAGCUGCUAACGCUCCUGUUGCCGCUGCUGCGCCGGAAGCAGCCGCCGAGGCAGAACAGCCGGUUGCACGAAGACGACGUCGGCCAGCUGCUCCUCGUCGACCUGUAUACAGAAACCCGAUGAAGGGAGUCUAUAAGAUACAUCCGCAUCUUGAAACUGUUUGGAACGAACUACGAGAAAAUGUCAAGCCAGUUACACCUGAGAUGAUUGAUCAGCCUGAAGAGAUUACAGUUAAAUUGUUGCCUUUUCAACGUGAGGGUGUUCAUUGGUUGCAAGCACAGGAAGAGUCCAAUUUCCAUGGUGGUAUUCUAGCUGACGAGAUGGGGAUGGGGAAGACUAUUCAAAUGAUAUCGCUGCUCGUAACCAGACGUGAUGUUAAGCCGAAUCUUAUCAUCUGUCCCACUGUUGCUCUUUUACAAUGGUAUGCAGAGUUUCAGGAACGAACUGUACCCGAUCUCUUGAAGGUGCUCGUCUUUCAUGGAGCCAAUCGAAUCACCAAAACUGCAGAGCUCGAGGCUUUCGAUGUCGUAUUGACAACUUACUCGAUCAUUGAAUCUGGACAUCGUAAGCAGCACUAUGGAUUCAAACGACAAGGACAGCUUGUCAAGGAAAAGUCGAUCCUUCACAAGAUUACUUGGGGUCGUGUCAUUCUGGAUGAAGCUCAUGCAAUCAAAGAUCGCUCAAGUUCAACUGCCCGUGCUGUCUUUGCUCUUGACACGACUCGUCGAUGGUCUAUGACGGGCACUCCUUUGCAAAAUAGAGUUGGGGAGCUCUAUUCGCUCAUUCGGUUCUUGGAUGCAAAGCCAUUCUCAAUGUACUACUGCAAAGACUGCCCCUGCCAGCUCAAGACUUGGUCGUUUCAAAAUAGCUCGAGAUGUGAGUGUGGCCAUACGUCGCAUCGACAUUUUUGUUGGUGGAAUGCAGAAAUUUUGAAACCCAUCCAAGCUUUCGGAUCAGCUGGAGAGGGUAGAGACGCUUUUGGGAAGCUUGGAUUGUUGCUUGAUCGCAUCAUGAUCCGACGAACUAAGGUUGAGAAAGCUGAUGAUCUUGGAUUGCCUCCACGUAUCGUAUCUAUUCGACGCGAUGUAUUCAAUGAAGCUGAAGAAGAGCUUUAUGAGUCUUUGUACACGGACUCACAGACGACGUUCUCUACAUAUGUCAGAUCUGGGACUGUACUCAACAACUAUGCUUCGAUUUUCUCGUUACUCAGCCGUAUGAGAUUAGCUGUAAAUCAUCCUGAUUUGGUCCUUACCAAGCUCCAAGGAGCGAAUUCUUCGAACCCUGAAAGUCUGGUUUGUGGAAUUUGUAGUGAGGUUGCUGAAGACGCUAUCGUUUCUAAAUGCAAGCAUAUAUUCUGUCGAGAAGAUAUCAAACAGUACAUAGAAAGUGCUCCGGAUGAUGAACAUCCUCGCUGCCCUGUAUGCUCUCAACAUGUGACGAUUGACUUGUCGCAACCAACCAUUGAGCCAAAGGAAGAAAGUCGUGGAUCUUCUGGUUCUGGAGGCCUGUUCAAGACUAGUAUCGUCAACAAGAUUGAUUUGUCUCGUUGGAGAAGCUCUACCAAGAUCGAAGCUCUUGUUGAAGAACUUACCAAAUUACGCUCGGAGGACCAUACUUCUAAAAGCAUUGUGUUUUCUCAGUUUGUGUCUUUCUUGGACCUCAUUCAAUGGCGUCUCUCCCGAGGUGGAUUUUCAGCAGUAAAGCUCGAUGGACGCAUGGGACCUGAGGCACGCGCCUCAGUCAUCCGAAGUUUCAUGACGAAUCCUGAAAUCACCGUCUUUCUUGUCUCUCUCAAAGCUGGAGGCGUGGCAUUGAACUUGACUGAAGCUUCGAAUGUAUUUAUAAUGGAUCCCUGGUGGAAUCCUUCGGUUGAAGAUCAAGCUUUUGAUCGCAUUCAUAGAUUGGGGCAGGUACGCCCAAUCAAAAUCACUCGACUGAUUAUCGAGAACUCUAUAGAGAGUCGUAUCAUACAAUUGCAAGAGAAGAAGGCGGCUCUUUUCCAGUCUGCCAUAGGCAAGGAUAUGGACGCGCUGGCGAAACUCUCUGAAGAAGACUUGCAAUUUCUGUUUGUACUUUAA